AUGGUAUUAAGUCGUCCCGACCAUACCAUUAAGAUUAAACUCCAGCGAUACCAGGGAAUCAUAAGACUGGAAGGAGAAAAUCAAACUGAGUCAAUCAGAGACGACAUAUCCUUGGUGAUACAAAAGCACAUCAAAGAUUUGGAAAGCCAGGGAAUCCCACCGGAAGUAACGAAAGGAUUUUCAGCAAGUCUUGAGCUGCACGCUGACAACACAUUCCUUUGGGUGGCAUUGAUUAUUGAUGUCCUGAAAAAGCACCUCGAAACUGGGGGAGGAGUGUCAAGAGGCGAUAUAGAAGACAUAUUGCGUGAUCGUGAUAUAUUUUCUAUUUACCGGCGGAUGCUUAGAAAGCUUGACCAGCGGCGCGAUAAUGAUGCGCGUAAAAUGUUACAAAUCAUCAUUGCUGCGAAAACUGCCUUCAGCAUAGAGCAGAUGGUUGCGGCCCUAACUGUACGGCCAUCGCAUACUACUUUACAGGACAUAGAAUCAGAUUUCAAAUCUCCGCUAGAGGGCUACGUCAAAGCCCUCUGUGGGAACUUUGUGAGGGUUAUUGAUGGGGAGAUACACCUGGUUCAUCAGACAGCCAGAGAAUUUCUCCUUGAACAAGCCCAAGGGGACAAAGUCUUAGAGGAUGGAUGGCAGCACUCAAUAUCUAUGAUUGAGUGUAACAGAACUCUACUGCGAGCCUGUACCCUAUAUAUGAUUUGUGGGAAAAGGUGCAACUGGAACGCAUCUCUCUAUGAUCGAGAUUUGAAAAUCGCAACGAAAUGCCUAAUUAGGGACCAGCCAUUGCUCAAGUAUGCAAUUUUAAAUUGGCGUAUUCAUAUCGAUGAAUCCAAUUUAACUGAAGACAUGACCCUGUUCAAACAGGUUGUCGAGUUUUGUGAGCCCAGUGCUACGAAUCGUGAGAAUUCUCGAUGGUUGAUAACGCCAUUUGACGUCGAUCUCUUGGGACACCAUGGCUGUGAUGUCAAUGUCAGCAACAGAAAGCUACAAACUCCCUUGGAUAUCGCCGUUAAAUAUGGCAAUUUAGAAGUAGCCAAUACUCUUCUGAAGGCUGGGGGUAUGGUCCAUUUGUCGAAAGAUGAAGAGGUCUCAUACUAUGAGCAUUGGCGGAAAAUAUUCCAGUCUUUUGUUGAAGAAUGGCCUCACCUAAUUACGUCCUAUCCAGAAAGGAGCUGGAUCUCGGAAGGGCAAUUGGAUUUCAUAGGGCUCCAAGGUCAUAUCUUAAUCAACAAUUCUAUUGACACGAACUCAAGGGUCACAUCUGACGUUUUGAAAUAUUUGUUUCGAGGUAACCAGGAAACAGUGGACUGGAUCAUGACCAAGAAAAGUGACAUUGAUGUGAAGGGCGCUAUUGAAACAUACAAUCUGGACACCUAUUUUCAAAAGGAGAAGUUGAUAGCGGGUGACUUUUCUUAUUCCGCAAUCCUGGAAGCCAUCAGAGCGGAUCCAAUACCGGUCAUAAAUGCUUUGAUUCGUCUCUCUGGCGAUGACAAGAAGACGGAGGCCCACAUCAUCGCCCAGUAUGGUGAUGCCAGUAUGAUGAGUAUGUUCCAUGCAUCCAACUCAGUUCUCAGAACUAUUGACGGAGAGGGGAAAAGACCGCUCGAUUACUUGUUGGGCCGCAAGACGAUGCAUAAUACGGUUAUUCAGCAAUUCGUACCUGAGGACGAGGAUAGUGACAUCGAAAUCAACUCAGAGAGCAGAGAGUACGAUGAGUCAGUUGAUAGUUUGACCUAGACUUCACUUAACUUGAUAUAGCUUAAGU